AUGCAGGCGUCGGUCGGCGCCCGUGCCAAGGCGUCGGGAGCACGUGCACUGUCAGUGGGUGCGGCGCCCGCGGCUGCACUUCGGGCCGAUGCAGCUGCUGAGGCUGCAUCUGCAGUUGCAGCGGCGGCGCCCGCCAAGAAUGGCAGCGGCAGGGGCGUAGUCCUUCUAGAGCCCACGGAUCGAUGCCCUGUGCAGCCCCGCGGCAGGAGCUCCCACGGGUACCACGGCUCUCGCUUGCCGCGGUGCGCCAUGAUGAUGCACGGGCAGGGGGCGGAGUGCCGCCCCGAUCUCCUGCCACAGGACGCCAAGAUCCUGUAG